AUGUCGCGACUGUUCCAGCUGCAGGAGAACUGUCUGCGCCUGAUGGGCCACAAUCUGCACAGUUUCGGCGUCCAGGGCAGCUCCUCCCUCAGCCUGAAGCACAUCGCAUCUCUGCUGUUUGUGCUCUCCGCGGAGUAUCCGAUGCUGUCGUAUGUGAUCUAUCAUCGGGAUGACAUGGAGCUGAUUACCGCCUGUCUGAGCGUCGCCUUCACCAAUCUGGUGACCGUCACGAAGAUCUGGACAUUUUUGCUCUACAAGCAAAACUUUUGGCAAAUGAUGCAGCGCUUCAGGCAACUCGACCUCAAAUGUGAGUCACAAUUUAUCAAUCGACACCUGGCUUGCAAUGGCUAUUUGGCGCGCGCCAACAAGCUGGCCGCUUCGCUGGGCCGUGCCUAUUGCAUUUCCUGCGGCUUCACUGGAAUCUACUUUAUGCUCGGACCCAUUAUCAAGAUCAUCACCAGCAGCUGGCGGGGCGUGCCCUACGCCCGAGAGCUGCCCAUGCCCAUGAAAUUUCCCUUCAAUGAUGUGGACAGUCCCGGCUACGAGUUUGGCUUUAUCUAUACGCUGUUUGUGACCAUUGUCGUGGUGCUCUAUGCCUCGGCCGUGGACGGGCUCUUCAUAUCAUUUGCCAUCAAUCUACGCGCCCAUUUCCAGGCGCUGCAGCAGGACAUUCGCGAGUUGAACUUUGACCAGGCCGAGCAGCUGGUGCAGCGGCAGCUGGUCGAAGUGGUCGACUACCAUGUGCUGCUCCUCGACCUGUGCCGGCGGCUGCGACGCAUCUACACGCCCAUCGUAUUCGGCCAGUUCUUCAUCACCUCGCUGGAGGUGGGCGUCAUCAUCUACCAGAUUGUGACGCACAUGGACUCAAUCAUGGCCCUGCUCGUGUAUUUCUCAUUCUUCUGCUCCAUAAUGCUGCAACUCUUUAUGUACUGCUACGGCGGGGAGAUUAUCAAAGUUGAGAGCCUGCAGGUUGGCGUCGCUAUCCAAACAUCCAACUGGCACUUGGCUUUGCCCAAGCAGCGGCGUUCCUUGGUCUUCAUGAUGCAUCGUUCGCAGCGGGAGAUGCUCAUCAAGGCGGGCUUCUACGAAGCUUCGCUGGCCAACUUUUUGGCGAUUUGUCGUGCUGCCCUGUCGUUUAUAACCCUUAUUCAGUCCAUUGAGUAA